GUCCCGUCCCGGCUGUGGCAGAUGGAGGCGCCACGCGUGGAGAAAGGGCGGCAAGCUGCGACAGCUCGGGGGCCACGUUCCCAAGGAAGUGGGCCCGGACCAAGGCCAUCUUCUGCAAGAUGCACAACAAAAGAUUCGGAGGAAGGUGGCCUGCCGAGCUGUGAGGAUCCCAGCGUUGAAUCAUCAUCCUCUCGCUGCGACCCCGCGCUUCGGGAUGCGUUGCAACGCUUAGAUGCGGUGAGGCGGCAACAACCGCGGCCCCACGACUUUGGCUUGGAGCGAUUCCUGGAGGACGGUGCGCCUUCCAGACCCAGGC